CCUUGCCUUCUUCAAUUUCAGGAUCCUGACCGCCGUGCGACAUCGCGGCAAAACGCACAGAAAUGGCGACGCUGAAUCCACUGGUCUGCGUAGUCGACUUUCAUCAUGCGCGGGGCCCCGAAAUCGAACUCUGGCUCGGCACAGAACAGGGAGCCGACCCGGCGGUAGAAAAUGACUGGUCUCUCUUGCCCUUCAUGGCGCUGAGUGAUGGCGCUCAUGCCUCCACCGAAGACUACUCGUACUUUACGCUCCGCCGCGCGCAAACACCGACCCAGCCCGCAACCUCCCUGUUCGGUAUCUCGUGUACGCGACAACUCGAUGCUACCAAGCUCAUCGACCGGCCGCCCGAGGUUACAAGGAGUACGGUGCAAAAGGCGGUAGUGGUAAUCAGUGAUAGCCCACAGCAUUUUGGCGCCAUCAAGGCACAGCUCGGUGUCGUCACACAGUUGUGGUUUGCCCAGAGGGACUUUACGGACAUUGAGAUUUUGGAGCGGUUUACGGAAAGCCUACCCCAGCUGCUUAAGAACCAGGAGGGCCAGCAGGACCACUAUUUUGGAAUUUCUCUACGCGAGUUCAUCCACGAGUUCAAAUGGCAGACGCUGGUUCUCUUCAAGUGCGCGUUGCUGCAGCCCAAGGUCCUUUUCUUCGGCUCCCAUUGCGAACGGUUGUGCAUGAUGCAGUUUGCUCUGAUUUCUCUGAUACCCGGCCUAAUUCGCCACCUGCAAGAUGCUGCUGAUCCCAAAUUCAAUUCGUGCGAGGAGAAAUGUGUCAUGCCCACGUCGCUGAAAACGUCAGAGCGCGCUUCAUUGCUCGCGUACAUGGGUCUCCCGCUGCAACUGUUUGGCACAGGCUCGCUAUUCGGACCGUAUACCCCACUGCAGCAGCUCGAUAUUCUGGCCGACCAGGAUACAAAUUCGUAUAUUGUUGGAUCCACCAAUUCACUGCUGUUGCAGCAAAAAGACCGCUACAGUGACAUACUCAUCAACCUCGAUGAUCACACGGUAAACAUUACAUCCGCAGCGCUUCGCCACGCAUCCGUCCUGUCGACACCCGACCGCCGAUGGAUAGACUUUUUAACCCAGACGGUCCACGACACGUGGGAUGACUCGGACCCGGGGCGGCCCAAGGAUCAUGGCUAUGCUGGCAGUGAAGAGUUUAUCCGCAUGCAGUUUGAGGAAUAUCUACUGGCUAUGCUGAGCUCCGUCAAGUACAAAAUCUACAUGGAGAAGAAUGCGCACAAGGAGCACUUGAUUACCGAGGUAGAAGGCGAUCCGUCGAGCGAAUUCUCAAACGAAUGGGUGCAUGCCUGGAUGCAGACGGAGAACUUUCGCAUCUGGAACAAGUUUACAGACUCUCAUCUCUUCGACAUUGUAGAUCCCAAGCACCCCUGCUCGGGUGGUCUUAGCAUGGAAGACGUUCAGCGCCGACUAGCACAGCAAGUAGCAGAAAUGCACCUCGACGAACGGCUUGAGAAGAGCAGAGAGAUUCUUGGAAAACAGCUUGCUGUAGGCCAGCAGAAAUUUUCGUCUGCAUACAACCGGCUUUGGGCGGAAAUGGAGGCCAUGCGCGAAGCACAGAGGCAAAAGGCUGAGGAGGCAAAGAUUCAGGCCGAAAAGGAGGGGCGGCCAGUGGACGAUGCGAAGAAGUGGAAAGCACCCCAGGCUCCGGAUCUGUCCAACGCUCAAGCAAGAGCGGGUGCCUAUUUGUCUAGUUGGGGAGCCUGGGCAAGCGAGAAGAGAAAGACAUGGGGUAACAAGACGCCUGUAUCAUCACCCGCCGCGGAUGACAUAAAACGAGCCGAAGACUUUGAAAAAGAAAAGGUUGCGAUGAUUGGUGUGAACAGUCCAUCUUCUCCGCCCCGGGAUGUCAAGAGGCGGAGUUUGUUUUUUGAUGCUGAGGAAGACAAGGCCGAGGCGGAUAAGAUGGAGGCGGAGAAGGAGAAGGAGAAGGAGAAGGAGAAGGAGAAGGUCCCUGAGAAAGUUGAGGACAAGGAUGAGAAGAUCGAGAAGAUCGAGCAAUAUGAGGAUAAGGCCGAGAAGGGCGAGGACAAGGCUGUGAAGAUUGAGGGAAAGGCUGAGGAGAAUAUUGAGGAGGAUAAAGUUGAGGAGAAGAGUGAGGAGAAGAUUGACAAGGCUGAGGAUAAGGUCGAGGACAAGGUCGAGGACAAGGUCAAGACGGUUGAGACGGUUGAGAAGACUGAGGACAAAGCUGAGGACAAAGCUGAGGACAAGGCUGAAACGGCCCAUGUAGAGAAGAACUAGAUUCUUGCUCCUAUAUCAUCUCAACGACGAAUCG